AUGGCGUCGACAUCAAAAGCUACUCUAUCUUCAUCGGCUUUCGACGAAUACAAUCUACAACUGCAGGCAACGGCGCUGAAAGCUACGAAACUCGCCGCCGCACUCCCGUCCGACGUCUCUUUCCACCGAUCCAUAGACUCAGAGUUUGCAAACGACUUGGAUAUCUGCUCGGCAAAAGUACUAUCUCUCACCAAUGCCCUGCUCAAUAUGGCCUCAUAUGGGGAGAGCUCAAAAGCUGGGGGAUCACGGGGGAAGGGCAAGCUAAAGUUGGAGAGCCAGGACGAUGUGGUGGACAGCUUCGACUCGCUAGUGGUGGACGCUAUGGACCACCUGCUUGAACGUGCUGACAUGAGCCUGGACCAAUAUUUGGGUCGUAUCAAAGCGCCAGCUAUUGCAGUGAACGCUCCCAAGCCUACAGCCCAGAAGGUACAGACACACGGAGUAACUUUCUGGAUUGUCCUAACAUAUGUAACCCUUCAGAAACCGAAUGCGCCUCGUGGACGGCUUGACCCCACAUUACAGCACGCGUCGCACCUCCCUAAGCCGCAGCUGAAGUUCAGACCGCCACCGUCAAAUGUCAACGGAGAUGUUUGGCGUCCCCGGCUGAAGCACAAGUACAACGCGCAAGUUCCCCUUGGCUACGUGUUCCGCGACGAGUCCGAGCCCGACGCCGCGCCCUCCCUGCACCCCUACCACUAUGAAAUCACCCACCUCUCCUAUCCACCCCAUGAGCUCACCCCUACCGAAUCACCGGUGCCCCCUUCGUCGUUCGAUGAUACCCCAUUCACCUACGUGUCUACCGCGGAACAGUUCCAGGCCAUGCUGGCGAAGCUCUCGGAUAGACGGAAGGUAAAAGAGAUUGCAGUGGACUUGGAGUAUCAUAACUACAGGAGCUUUGCUGGGUUCGUGUGUCUGAUGCAGAUCAGCACGCGGGAGGAAGACUUUGUGGUGGACUGCCUCGAGCCCAGUAUAAGAGAAGAGAUGGAGUCGCUGAAUGAAGUCUUCACCGAUGCGCAGGUAGUCAAAGUAUUCCACGGCGCCGAAAGCGACAUUAUCUGGCUCCAGCAGAACUUCAACGUCUACGUCGUCAACCUCUUCGACACCUUCCACGCGUCGAAGGUACUAGACUUCCCGCGGCAUGGUCUUGCCAGCCUGCUCGAGAUGUACUGUGACUUCAUCCCGGACAAGCGGUAUCAGCUCGCGGACUGGCGCAUCCGCCCGCUCCCGCAGGAGAUGCUCGCUUAUGCGCGCUCAGACACGCACUACCUGCUCUUCAUCUACGACAACCUGCGCAACGCGCUCCUCGACCGCUCGCAGUCUGCUGCAAAUUCUCGGGCGCCGUCUCCCUCUGGCUCCCCGCCGCCUGCGAGAGACGCGUUCCUGCGCGAGGUGCUGCGCCGCUCGGAGGAGACGUCCCUGAGAUUGUACGAGAGCGAGGUGUACGACCAGGAAGAGGGGAGCGGGCCGGGCGGGUGGGACACGCUCGCGCGGAAGUGGAACAAGGUCGGCUUGAGCAGGGACGCCUGGAUAAGCAGCAGCGACGGCCUCGGGAGCAGCGUUGAGCGGAUGAAGAGGGGGGUGUACAGGUUUGUGCAUGGCUGGCGGGACCGCGUGGCGCGGGAGGAGGAUGAGAGUACGAGAUAUGUCCUUCCGAAUCACUAUAUCUUUCAGCUCGCGGAGAAGCCCCCGGCGGAUAUGGCGGCUCUCUUGGGCUCCUUCCAGCCUGUCCCGCCGGUAAUUCGGCGGAGAGCGAAGGAACUUUUGGACGGUAUCAAGGAAGUCGUGAAGGAGGCGCUCGGCACGUCAGCCGCGAAACCUGCAGCAGUAGUCACAGCAGAUGAGUCUGGGGCCACUGCAAGUGCGAAACGUGACGAGGACGAUAAGAUGGUAGGCAUCGAGGAAACCACUGCUCCUGAACCCUCACAAGCUGGGCCCUCCAGGCUAUGGUCAACAACUCCCACCUCGAGCGUCAAUAAAGCGGCGUCGUCUUCGUUGUUUGGCACAGCUUCAGCACCGUCUAUGGUUGUAUCUGCUCGGUAUGCGGCUGCUCGGAGCUCCUUGUUUGGCACAAACAAUAGUACACCAGCAUCUAACACUGGACCUGCUGCCUUACGUGAUCGGUUCCUCGAAGUCGUAUCUCGCAUCCACAGCACGCUAUCGAUAGCACCUUCCGUACCCACCACCUUGGUGAAUGAUGAUAAGCAAGAGGUGUCCGACCCUGCCCCAGCGGCAGCCUCAGAACCUACACCUUCAGUCACAGGCCAGCCAGCGGAGAUACCAUUCGUCCCACCCUCGCAAUGCCAAUCCAAACCAUCCACAGGGAUUGAAGACGACACAAUCGUCGUGGUGGGACAAGCGCGGCAGAAGAAACGCAAGCGGUCGGACAAGCCGAAGAAGGAGAAGGCCAAGGCUGCGGAGGGCGAGGCGGACGCUGAGGUGGAGCCCUUCGAUUAUUCCACGGUGUCGAAUAUCUUGGACGACGCGCCUGAGCCUGAGCCUGAUGUGAGGGAGCCGGCAGGGAAGAAAAAGAGGAAGCAAAAAGGUGAACCAGCGUAUACGUAUGGGAAUUUCCCUGCGCCUCCAAGAGCCCAUCGGGAAGUGAAGAACGGAAAUCAGUCCCUGACAUUCAAGUAGACGGGGCAAUACAUAUUCAUCUUCACUGGCAGUGAUAUAGGACAACAUCUGUAACCAGAUACUCUUAUUAUACGAUGAGGCUGCAUGCAGGCGACUUGCGAUCUUGCCAUGAAUACCGCAUGCAUUAUUGAAACCUGCCCUUUAUAAUACAGAAACUAAGGUGUAUAUGCUACAGAUCGUUCAU